UUUCCCUUAAACAAAUUUGGAAGUGUAGCGCAUCCCGUGUAUACAGUUUUAUGCCAUUUUAGUUUCAUUACCAGCUAUUUAUGAACAGAACAUUAGCUGUGUGCUUUUCUUUUAAAUUUCAUUGCGUGUCCUAUCGAAUCCAAUCCAACUUCCAAGACAUUGGCUUGACGUCGUCUUUGCGUUGGCGAUUCUGAGCCGUGUUGUGAGCGCGGUGACCGACUUUGUUCCCUUCCCGAUAUGUGAGGGUGGAAAUUGUGUUAUGUUUAUGAAGUCCUUCCAUAGUGUCUCGGUUCAAACAACUGUGUACUCCCAAGCGCCUAAACAAACAUUGAACCGUCUGUCCGGGGCUGCUCUACGUCGGUAAAUUCCAUUUGAAUCCAUUCCUGUUCUCUCUUCAAAACUCGAAAAACGAAGACCGUAAGAUGCGCUUUAGCGUCGUCGAAACCUUCCACGGCCACCGGGGCCGCCUGGGGAACAUCUGCGGACUGCGUAUCGGUACGGGCGAACAGUGCUUGGACACACCGACAUGUCUGCUGUACACACAAGCCGGCAGCGCACCUCACUUGACUCGCGACAUGCUGCACAAACUCGGGGAUGUCGAAAACUUACCUGCCCUGUUUCCACUGCCACCUAUCACCAGUUUUGUCGACAGCGUGAUGCAGUUCGGCAAGGGACUCGGGAGCUUCGUGGCCCUGCAGAGCCACCCAUCCUUUAUCAGAAUUCAAGAUCCCAUGGUCACGACGCCAUCCGGGUUCAACGACAAGGCCGGAGUGUCUGUCUGGGAUCAGGGAGGCCGCGUACACUUGAACCCAUUGUCUUUCACGCGGAUGAUGGAAGCAUUCCAACCAACAUGCUACCAAGCACUCUGCGACAGCGACACGCCACAGGACGCCUCCAGAAAGAGGCUGCAACGCGCUGUCGACAGGUCAGUUUCUCUCCUGGACCAGUGCCUCGCAAUGAAGGCAGACUCUAGUUGCCUGCAACAUUCGGCUAUUUUAGGCAGCGUCCAGGGUGGUUACAACAGAGACUUUCGGGAGAUUUCAGCGAAGGAGACGGCCAAGAGAGACGUCGACGGCUUUGUCAUAGAAGGCUUCCACGUCAACGGACCCCAGACGAAGUCGCUGAAGUUCGAAGAAGUUGCCGAAAUAUUGGAGGAAGUUAUUGCACUUUUGCCACAGGAUAAGCCCAGGUUCCUGCAUGGUGUCCUACGGCCAGAGUUCAUCUUGAAGGCAGUCCUGUACGGAAUAGACAUCUUUGAUGCCUCGCUUGCGCAUGCCGCCACAGAAGCAGGAUGUGCGCUCGUUUUCAACUGCUCUUCCGACAAGGAUCUCGAGCUGAUGCUGGGACGAGACCUCUUGGAUCAGGAGCUUGAAAUGGACAUGAAGAAUGCUCGACACCGGGAAGAUUUCGUGCCACUGCUUGAGAGCUGCGCUUGCUAUGCAUGUACAAACUUCACGAGGGCCUACAUUCAUCACCUGCUCAACACCGGUGAAAUGUUGGGGCAGGUGUUGCUUAGCCUGCACAACAUUCACCACUUCCUUGGAUUCCUAAAGUCUAUCCGCAAGUUUAUGGUGCAACAUGGUGCGAAAGAGUUGAAUGGCAACUGAGGUGCAGUGUGGUGCAUGGUAUACACAACAAACAUCAAUUGUUAUGUGCAGAUUUACAAGUUUUAUUGGUUCCAUGAGUAUACAUCAUUGAAAAGUGACAGAGUAAAUCUAUUUUUAAACAUUGU